AUGAGUGGGCGCAGCGGAAGGGGGGGCAGCGGAAGGGUGUCACAGGCGAUAGUCGUCAAGGUCGGAAUGUUGGCUCUAUUGACUUGGGUAAAGGCAGGUCGAGUAGGUCGAAAAGUCGAGAUAGGACGAGCCUCCGACGAGGACGAGGACGAGGACGAGGAAGUUUGGAAGUCAAGCACCUACUUCCAGCCGCGCGCAUUGGUGUCCCUGGCAACCUCCCCGGCAAACUGGGGCAAUGAAGCAGCAGAUACUGUAGCUCCCCUGAGCAGGCGGCUUAAAAAAGGCACAGGGUCGUCGUUAUGGUAG